GGCCCAAGGCCAGCAUAAAUACAAAAAGAAACAACAGCAGCAGUAAAUACAUAAAACAUUAAUACCUUCAAAUACCAUAUACAUGGCUAAAUUCAUUCAAAUAAAACCGGUUAAUCUGAAGUGCACAACCCAGCAUCUCGUGCCUUAAUCACUCUAAACCGAAUCUUGCUUGCUAUGAAGAGAAAUUUUGCUACCCUCCUGUAAGCAUACUCUGACGUAGCAGUAAGCAGGAAAAGGACCUUGUCCCCAUCAGAAGGGCAGUUAGAAUUGUAAUGAGUUAGUAGUGGGGAGAGAAGCUUUCCCCUUAAUUCAGUAUAAAAUCUGCACUUCAGCAUCAAAUGUUCCGUAGUCUUCACUUCACUGUUCCGGCAGGGGCAUAAUCUUUGGUCGUAGGGCACCUUCCCAAAAUGUCCUUCCAAUACCGCCGUAUGAAGGGCGUUAAGUCUAUCUAGCUGCUGAAAGAACCCUACAAUGAUCCCCAUUAGAGAUCCUAAGUAAAUAUUCAGCAGGGAAAUGACUGCUGAUUUGAUCUCCUAAGAAUAGGCCAGGGCCUGUUUGGGCAACAUCCCCCUGCUUCGUCAUAUCCCAGACACGUUGAGUUAUGGCAAUUUUGGCCUUGCUGUGGCCCAGAGUUCUAAUCAGGGGCAGGGGAAAACCCAAGAAUGCUAACAGCAAUAUUUUAAUUGUCCAUGCUUUGGGAGUAUGAUGCUGAAAAGCAGUAUAUAAUCUCCAUAAACAGGCAUUAUAGUAUUUAUGUAUUUAUUUUGCUCUGUUGCUGAAGUUUUGAUCAGAUGGCUAGUUUUGAAAUGCAGUAAUAAUGGCUAGACUUACUUCCAAGUAAAUUCUUCUGAAAUUGGCAAGACUUCCUACUUUGUUCUGGACUGGGAUGUACAUUUUUCAGUUAGUCAUGCCUUUAGUGAAGUAUGUGUGUAUGUGUAUGUAUAUGUAUGUAUUUCUAAGAGUAUGUGCAAAAUGUCUAAUCAUGCUGAAAAAUUUAGGCACUAAAAGCAUAGGCAGCAUUAAAGAAACAUGAGAUAGAAUUUCACACAAUACAAGUUCUUUUGGUGAGAACUAAUCUGCCUAAUUUCCUUUCACUAUAAUCUUACUUUAGAAUUACCAUCCUCACAAGUUAGCCCAUUUCGGCCUUAAACGUUCACACAUCCACCAUCUUAAAUUGGGAGGGUGACAUCAUUACAAAGGACAUGCCGUUGAGGUGUCCCUAUUUGACAGUCACUACAACUGUACCAAGUUUGGUUCAAAUCAGUUAGGCAGUCCAUAAGUUAGCCCACUUGUGCUUUAAAUGUUCACACAUCUACCAUUUUGAAUUGGGGUAGAUGGCAUCAUCACAAACUACACGGUUGAGGUGUCCCUGUGUCCCCUUACAACUGUACCCCUAUCUAUCUAUCUAUAUGCCAGGUGAUCUCAUAAGCUUCCUUUCCGUAUAGUUAGAAAGUGCUUUCUAACAGCAAAGCAAGGUCAGUUUGCACAAGGGUAGCAGGGAGAAAGCAGGCAGUAUCUUACACAUGGCUGACUGAAUGAAUAUCGGUGUUACUUUUCCUGGCAAUCUGUCUCUCUCUCUCUCUGUUCUUAACUUUCAAAGAGAUCAGGUAGAUCCCACUGUCUAGUCAUAGCCAGUAAAAGUAAGCACUGCACUGUGUCUCUCAUGUAUGAGCUUGGCUACCUUCUGCAUUUAUUUUAUUUGUAAUUAUCUAAGGAUAGGACUACGCAGGAUAUUAGUAGCUUUUUUUAAUGCACAUACUACCAAAGUCUCUAGAUGGUUUACAACAAAACAAACAAACAAAGUAACACAUUUAAAGCAUAUAUAAAAUUUAAAGUUAAAACAAUCAAUAAAAUUCAACUAAAUACUUUGGCUAGGCACCUAAAAAUUUCAGAUGCUUGGAUGCACUUAACUGUGGUUGUACCACAGUAACCUUUUUUAAUAAAGGGGAGGAGAGUUGGUUCAUCUUUCUUUUAAAAUGCUGUCAGUGAGCCACAAAUGAUCUAACACAGGCAGAUGGGCGAAAAGCUUCUGUGGACUGAUUUGCAAGACUGCCAUAGAAAAUUAAAAUUACUAUCCCACCUGCUGCUAAACCCAACUUCCAAAUGCCAGUUCAAAUAAAAUCUUAUUCACAAUUUUUAAAGAAGUGGUUUGCAUUUUCUUACCUCCCCGGAGCCUGUGGGGGAUAGGAUAAGCAGUCUCAAAUUGCUUUUUAUUUGUGUUUGCUCUCGUGUUUCUUCUUCCCCUUGGUCUGUCCUGUCCUUUCGGGUUCCCUUGAUUUCUGCAAUCUAUUUAUUUGGAAACUGCUUUCUCAAAAGGAAUGAGGGGAUGGUUUCCUGUUCUGUAAGAGAGGACUGACUGCCAGUUGUCCUUGUCAAUAGUAUAUUGGGCAGUUAUAUCUGGAUUGGUUGUUUGCUUGCUUGUGUGUCUUGCUUCAUCACUGUGAAGGUGGCUGAGAAGCUGAUACUGUCUAGUCAGGUUGGCUUCUGUGCAACUUUUCUGUCUUUCCACUGGAGAAAGAGAAGGGGGAAAUGAGAGCAGGAGCUCUUGGAAUCCUGCUCUGAAGCAACAUAGUGUCCCCUGGUGGCUGGAGUCUCUCACUGCAAGAAACAUCCUGUACUCAGUUUGGGGGAGGUGACAUGGAAGGGGAAGCAGUUGAAACUAUUGGCGAGGAGUCUGAAACUUUUAUUAAAGGCAAAGAAAGGAAGACUUAUCAAAGGCGCCGGGAGGGUGGGCAGGAGGACGAUGCUUGCCCAAUGCCCCAUAACCAGGCAGAUGGGACUGAAGUGGUGCAGGACGUCAACAGUGGCGUCCAGAUGGUGAUGAUGGAACAGCUAGACCCAACGCUGCUUCAGAUGAAGACAGAGGUCAUGGAGGGCGCUGUGCAACAGGAAGCCGAGGCCACUGUGGACGACACCCAGAUCAUAACCCUACAGGUUGUGAACAUGGAAGAGCAACCUAUAAACCUUGGCGAACUCCAGCUUGUCCAAGUGCCCGUCCCUGUGUCUGUACCUGUUGCUACUGCGUCUGUAGAAGAACUUCAGGGGGCCUAUGAAAAUGAGGUCUCCAAAGGAGGCCUCCAGGAGGGGGAGCCCAUGAUCUGCCACACCCUCCCGUUGCCUGAAGGCUUCCAAGUGGUAAAGGUUGGUGCAAAUGGCGAGGUGGAGACGCUGGAGCAAGGCGAACUUCAGCCUCAGGAAGAUCCUAACUGGCAGAAGGACCCAGACUAUCAACCCCCAGCCAAAAAGACAAAGAAAACCAAAAAGAGCAAACUCCGGUACACGGAGGAGGGGAAGGACGUGGAUGUGUCUGUAUAUGACUUUGAAGAGGAGCAGCAGGAGGGCCUGCUCUCGGAGGUCAAUGCAGAGAAGGUGGUGGGCAACAUGAAGCCGCCUAAGCCAACAAAAAUUAAAAAGAAAGGAGUAAAGAAGACAUUCCAGUGUGAACUGUGCAGUUAUACUUGUCCACGCCGUUCUAACCUGGACCGCCACAUGAAAAGCCACACUGAUGAGAGGCCACACAAGUGCCACCUCUGUGGUAGAGCCUUCCGGACAGUCACGCUGCUGAGAAACCAUCUCAACACUCACACAGGUACUCGUCCUCACAAGUGCCCGGACUGUGACAUGGCCUUUGUGACGAGUGGUGAGUUGGUUCGGCAUCGCCGCUACAAACACACCCAUGAGAAGCCAUUCAAGUGUUCCAUGUGCGACUAUGCCAGCGUGGAGGUCAGCAAGUUGAAACGCCACAUUCGCUCUCACACUGGGGAGCGUCCAUUCCAGUGCAGCUUGUGCAGCUACGCCAGCAGAGACACUUACAAACUGAAGAGGCACAUGAGGACCCAUUCUGGUGAGAAGCCCUAUGAGUGUUACAUUUGCCACGCUCGCUUCACCCAGAGUGGGACUAUGAAGAUGCACAUCCUGCAGAAGCACACUGAGAAUGUGGCCAAGUUUCACUGCCCUCACUGUGACACAGUCAUUGCACGGAAGAGUGACCUGGGUGUCCAUUUGCGGAAGCAGCAUUCCUAUAUCGAGCAGGGCAAGAAGUGUCGCUAUUGCGAUGCUGUGUUCCACGAGCGAUACGCACUCAUCCAGCACCAGAAAUCUCACAAGAACGAGAAGCGUUUCAAGUGUGACCAGUGUGACUAUGCAUGUCGACAGGAACGGCACAUGAUCAUGCACAAGCGAACCCACACUGGAGAAAAGCCUUACGCCUGUAGCCAUUGUGAUAAAACCUUCCGCCAGAAGCAACUGCUCGAUAUGCACUUCAAGCGUUACCAUGACCCUAAUUUUGUCCCAGCUGCCUUUGUCUGCUCCAAGUGUGGCAAAACAUUCACCCGCCGUAACACCAUGGCCAGACAUGCAGAUAACUGUACAGGCCCAGAUGGAGUAGAAGGAGAGAACGGAGGGGAGCCCAAGAAAGGGAAACGUGGCCGAAAGAGAAAGAUGCGCUCAAAGAAAGAGGACUCCUCUGACAGUGAAGAGGAAAACGCAGAGCCAGAGUUGGAUGACAUUGAGGAGGAGGAGGAGGAGACGGCAGUCGAAAUAGAGGCCGAGCCAGAGGUGGAACCUGUCGCUCCAGCACCGCCACCGGCUAAGAAGCGGAGAGGAAGGCCACCAGGCAAAGCCAACCAACCAAAACAGCCCCAGCCAACAGCAAUCAUUCAGGUGGAAGACCAGAACACUGGUGCAAUUGAAAACAUUAUAGUGGAAGUCAAGAAGGAGCCAGAAGCAGAGACUGUAGGAGCCACAGUGGGAGUUCAGCCAGCUGCGGUGGAAGCACCCAACGGGGACCUCACCCCAGAGAUGAUACUCAGCAUGAUGGACCGGUGAUGGAGGAAGGGCUGUGCUCUGACUGAACUGGCCUGGGCUCUUUUGAAGCGGCUCAAUCCCUUUGUUUUUAUUUUUACCUUAUUUUUGGCUUUGGGAAAUGCAUCGUUUUUAGACCAUUUUACCAAACAAGCCCGGGAAACAAAACUUCAAAUGAUGUCAGAAAGUGAUUUGCCUAGAUCUCUCUCCCUAUCUUCCUCUCUCUCUCUCUCCACCCCCCACCCUUCCUUUCUCUGUUUAAUGUUAGCAUAACAGGAUCAUGGAACGUGGGACUUUUUUUUUUUUUAAGUCCCUAAGGGUCUCCUGCAGGUUGCCCGAUCCCAUUAACUCUGACAUUGUAGUGACAGGCCAUAGACAGCCUUCACACGUGAUGUGGAAACAGAUGCCCUCUGCUCAAGUCCACACAAACCGCUCUGGAUCCGCUUGCGUGUUCCGUGAUGCCCUCUGGCCUCAUUUUUGCUCUGUAGAGGUUUUUAACUGUAAAUGCAGACUCAGGAGGACUGUGAUACUUUUAUUGCAUUUUGGUUUUGCUUUCCACUCCCCCCCCGACCCCCCCCCCCCAACUGACUGGCUCCGCGUCAGCACCAUAGGUCCAGCAUGCUCCAGCUGUUAUCUUUCCUCCCGAAUGCUUUGCUUUCUGCAGGGCAUCUCUGUAAUGAUCAAGCGUGUAAAUAAAUUUUUUUACAUUUUAAUCUUUUUUCCAUUUAAUUAAGAGGUUGAGGGUGGGGGGGGCACAGUGCAGUUUAAAAAGAGAGCCCCUGUCAUUUUAAACAAUUGCAAAAGGAAUUAUGCAGGAAUUGGAAACAAAUUGAACAUUGGAACCUAUCAAGUUAGUGGAAGCACGCCACCCAGACGUCCAAGUAAGAUGGCAGACAUCUAUGGCCUCAGAUCAGUUUCUAAGCACAUGGACUUGGUAUUGGAAACUUGUCAUUUAACUCUUUUUUUGAGUUUCAAAUUUUCACGACUCCACUUUCUUUGCUCUGUUUUUGUGUUUAUGAAUUCUGUGUUAAAAGCCGAGGUGGUAAUUUGUAAUGGGGCUUCCCAAGCCCCUGAAACCUAGGCCAGGAAAUUUUACUAGGUCAGUAAUUACAAGAUUUUUGGGUCUUUAAUUAAAAAGAAAAAAGAAUAAUGUGAAAUACAAAUGAUGCCUGUAUAUGAACUGUCACAUGUUAAAAUAAGUAAGCUUUUUAUAGAGCCUCAGUCUUGCUGAUUUCAAACAGAAUUUUCUUCUAUGUAUCGCUUUUAAGAGAGCUAUCAGGUUAGCUAUCCAAUUCUAGGUUGAUGCAUUUUUGUACUUAGCUGUACUGUGUGAUAUUUUUCAUUAUUUUAGGAAACCAACAUGAGAUAAAAUGUUAUAAAAGUACAUAAUGGGGUUUGGACUUUGGGAAGGAGAAUAUACUGCUGUACAGCUAAUAAAUAAUAAUGAAUUAA